AUGGAUUCAAUGAAUGAAGAAAAUGAUGAGUAUGGUGAUAUUGUUUCAAGUGCUCCAAAAAGAAUGAGAUGUAGGAUUUCUUCUGUAUGGUCGGAUUUUGAAAUAUUACCUAAAGGGUCUAAUGGGAAAGAGAGAGCAAAGUGUAAAAAGUGUCAAAAUUCUUUUGUUGCUGGCACUAGUGGCACUACUUCUUUGUUGCAUCACAGAGAAAAAUGCUAUCAAGUUGACAAUCAAAGUGUGUCUCGUCAGCCUUUAGAUCAAGCUACGUAUAGGGAAAUGGUUGCAUUGGCAAUCAUUAGGCACAACUAUCCAUUCUCAUUUGCAGAACAUGAGAACAAUAGGUUGCUUCAUUGUUAUUUGAAUCCUGAUGUUAAGACUAUAUGUAGGAACACUACAAAAUCAGAUGUGAUAAAAAUAUAUAGGAGAGAAAAGGAAAAUCUGAAGCAUGAUUUAAAGUCAAUUACUGGGAGGUUUUGCUUAACAUCAGAUUUAUGGUCUUCACCUAACACUGAUGAAUACAUGGUUCUUACAGCACAUUAUGUUGAUGAACACUAG